GCCCCGACGUUUCUCUCAUUCCCGAGCACACAGUCUGCGCUGUUCACAGACGGGCUAGAAACGGGAUUUCGCCUUCUCGAAGCCCACAGGCCACAGGGUCCAAACGGGUCGUUUCUGCCGCCCCCGAUGUCCCCCCCCACGGCUGCGUGACCUUCGAGGACGUGGCCAUUGACUUCUCGCAGGAGGAGUGGGGGCUCCUGGACGAGGCCCAGAGGCGCCUGUACCAUGAUGCGAUGCUGGAGCACCACGCACUCCUCACCUCGCUGGUUUGCUGGCAUGGAUCAGAGGAUGAAGAGGCACCUUCUGAAAGCAGUGUUUCUGUGGAAGCUUUGUCACAGGUCAGGACACUGAAGGCAGGUCCUUCCACCAGGAAAAGUUACCCCUGUGAUUUGUGUGUCCCAAUCCUGAAAGACAUCUUACACUUGGUUGAUCUACCUGGCCAGAAACAGGACUUAGUCGGGGCACAUGCAAGCCUCCACCAGCUCCAGAAGCAUUAUAGCACAGAGAGACUCUCGAAGAGGAAUAUGGAUGAGCCAUCGUUUGUGAAGAGCUGCAUAUUCCAUGUGUCAGGGAAUCCCUUCACCUGUAGAAACGGUGAAAAGGACUUUUCAGCCACCUUCGGCUUUCAACAGCACCAGCAGGGCAUUCCCAAAGCUGAGAAGACAACCGGAACCCCUGACUGUGGGGAGGCCUUUCAUGGUGGGAGAAGUCAUUACAAGUUGCGUGACUGUGGGAAACCUUCCAGCCACAAACACAGUCUUGUUUACCACCCAAGAGUAUCCACUAGAAAAAAGGUCUUUGAAUCUAGCAGGUAUGGGAAAGCCUUCCGCUGUAAGUACUCACUUGCUCAGCUCCAAAGAUCCCACCCCAGAGAAAGGCCUUACGAGUGCAGUGAAUGUGGGAAAUCUUUCAGGCAAAAAGCCACUCUCAUUAUACACCAGAGAGUUCACACUGGAGAAAGACCUUAUAAGUGUGGCGAAUGUGGGAAAUCCUUCAGUCAGUGCUCCAAUCUAAUUGAACACUGCAGAAUCCACAGUGGAGAAAGGCCAUAUGAGUGUGAGGAGUGUGGAAAAGCCUUUGGAUGCAAAUCCAAUCUCGUUCGGCACCACAGAACUCACACAGGAGAAAAGCCUUAUGAGUGCAGCGAGUGUGGGAAAUUCUUUAGACAAAGCUUCACCCUCGUUCAACACCGGAGAAUUCACACCACAGUGAGGCCUUAUGUGUGUGUCCAGUGCGGGAAGUCCUUUAGCCAAAGAGCCACUCUCAUUAGACACCAGAGAGUUCACAUCAGUGAAAGGUUUUAUGAGUGCGGGGACUGUGGGAAAGCCUUUGGGUCCAAAUCCAAACUCGAGCGGCACAAAAGAAGUCACACUGGAGAAAGACCGUAUGAGUGCACUGAAUGUGGGAAAUCUUUUAGACAAAGCUACAGCCUCAUCGAACACCAGCGAAUCCACAGUAGAACACGGCCUUUUGAGUGUGGCCAGUGUGGGAAAUCCUUCAGCAGAAGAGCCAUCUUCACCAAACACCAAAGAAUUCACACUGGAGAAAGACCUUACAAGUGUGGCGAAUGUGGGAAGGCUUUCAGUCGAAGCACCAGCCUUAUUCAGCACUGCAGCAUCCACACCGGGGCGCGGCCUUACGAGUGCGGCCAGUGUGGGAAAUCCUUCAGGCAAAAGUCUGUUCUCACUCAACACCAGGUAGUCCACACUGGAGAGAAGCCUUAUGAGUGCAGCAAAUGUGGCAAAUCCUUUAGCCAACGCUCUAGCCUCAAUCUCCACAGGAAAUUCCACACCAGGGAGAGGUCCCACGAACGGAGGAGAUACGGGAAAUCUUUCACCCCAACAUCUAAUAUUUAGCACUUGGCAAAGGCCUCAGAGAUGAAGGAAAUGUGCUGUCCCCUCGUUCACGAUCAUGGCGUCAGACAGUUUUGGGAGGGAGCCAUCUCUGAGGUGAAAGCUCAUACUUCCAAACAUUGCAAGAGGUGGGACUCCCAUGAGCUCCAGGCCUGUGUAAGGCCUGCAGGAGCUAUGCCGCUCUUCUAAACUUGCCCAGGACCUUGGGCAGUGCUAAUCUUGCCAGUCUGUGAUGCAAGUGUCGCACCUCUACCGUCUUGCGGUGUCCAUCGCCAGGACACGGCAGCUGUCCUCUCCCUUCCCUGGAGGAAGUUUUUGCGUUGUCUGUUCCCUUCAGCAGUUUCUCUUUUUGAAAUUUUGAAGUGGGGAUCUGACCAAGAGUGGGCUCCGUGGGAGGCUUGUAGGGGAGGUCUUCCCUUCCUCGUGGAAGUUGUUGGUUUUUGCAUGACAUUUGUAGUUGAUACUUACUGUCUCCAAAUCACCCCAGGUAACUGCCUCCCGUCGCUCCUGUGUGUACAGUAAUAAAGGCGUUACUGUUUAAUCUACCUGCAGUUGUGGAGGUUAUUUUCACUGUUCUGGGUGGGUGAAAAACAGUCAGAUUGUGUGAAGGGAUGACCGCCUGUGGGCAGUGGGGGUAACAGCAGAGAAUGGUUCUCAUUCCUGUGGGGGCCUGAUCUGCCUUGCUGCCCACGAGCGUCUCAGAGCCAGCGCCAUGCCCUGUGUUCCUCAUUUGUGCCCUGGGUGCCUUCCUCCGUAGACUGAGACCAUAGGGCACCUUGAGGUGGGGACAUCUGGCUUGGCAAGCUCCGGUGCCCUUGGGGGGGUGGAGUGACUCUGUUGUCUUGUUCCCAGAGCAUCUCCCAUCAUGCCCAGCACUGCUGAGGGGAAGCUUUUCACCAGGCCCUACAAAGGAGGCAAAUGUCCUGACAUUCAUAAUUGUUUUUUCACACUGGCUGCACAUCUCAGACCGUGGGAGCCGGUGUCAACCCUAGUGGGAACUGCAAUCCUGUGUGUGAUUCUCAGGCAGUGGGGAAGAGGCUGCAUCCAGUUAGAUGAGGUGAACCUCUUCUGAAAGUGUAUCUGGAAAGCAUCCAGUGCUGAUGACCGGAUGAUCUGGAGGUCCAGGAAUCACAGGUCCUCCAGGCUGUGCACGUGCUGCAGCUGAAGUCACUGUCAGAGCAAACAACCUAACGGUUUUGUGGAUUUCCAUCAUCUUUCCGAGUUGUUCACCUCAAGUCCAUUCCUGUAGAGGCAGGGAAGCGAGAACAGAGGACGGAGCUCUCAGGACCCAAUGGAACUGGCUUCAUUUCCCCCCAGCAGUCGUGCGUGGAGGCAGAGCGGCCCUUCCCAGGGGUAAGGUCGAGUGCCGUGGACACUGGGUUGUUAGACCUGACCGCGAAGGGCGAGACCCAGGUUUCUGGUUUUAACUCUCUAAGGGCCUGUGCAGAGAAGGGUUAUUGAUGCGCAGUAACCUACGCGGAGGUUGGGGUAUACAGCGGAAAAGGGUCGCCAUGGAGAUAAACCAUCACGAUCACAACAGUGACUCUCCCUGAUUGAGCUUGUGCCCUUUCACCACCUCUCCUUGUUCUCGGGCCUGCGGGAACCGUUAUUCACCUUCUUUAACAGCCAGUUGACUCACACUGUCUAGAACGCCAACACGAAUCAAAUCUGCGUUCACUCUUCUUUCUGAUGUUUCUCACACCACAUCAUUCAUUUGAGGCUCACCAAUGGUUGCUUAUAUUCACAGUCCAUUGUUUUCACAGACAUAACCAUUUGCCUGUUCAUCUGCCCUUGGGCACCUGGUGGUUUCUAGUUUGGGGCUGUUAGAAAGCAAGCUGCAGUGAGUGUCGGCACGUGUUUUUAA